AUGGCAAACUGUAACUCAUCUUCGUCAACUUCUGCUGUUUCGAUGCGUCAGUCUCAUGGUCCGCCGUGUCAUUGCGGAAGAGUUACUAAUAUGCUGAUGUCAUGGACUGAUGCGAAUCCUGAAAGACGAUUUUACAAGUGUGAAGAACAUGGAUUUGUAAUCUGGGCAGACGAUGAGAAGCCAGGAGCUGAAACUGUAUCUGAUGUUGUUGAUCACGAGAUCUUCCAAGAAGAGCUUCUAAAGCGUGAAAAAAUGCUUAGACAAAUGUUUGCAAUGUCCUGGGGUGGUUUUAUUCUGAUGACUGGUACAAUAAUCUACAUGCUCAAGAACUAG